AUGCAUUUUGUACCAAUUGAAUCAAUCUAUCAUUCUAACCACAAUCCAGGUCCACGCUGGUUUCCGAUUGUUGGCAGUGCUCUGCAGAUAUCUCAACUGCGUGUGCGGCUUGGAAUGUUCUGCAAGGUGAUCGAUGAGCUGGCCCGGCGAUAUGUCAAUCCAUAUGGUUACUAUGGCCUGAAAAUUGGUAAGGAUAAGGUUGUGAUUGCGUAUACGAACGAUGCCAUUAGUGAGAUGAUGACCAACGAGGAUAUUGAUGGUCGUCCCGAUGGCAUCUUCUAUCGCCUGCGCACUUUUAACGCCCGCCUGGGCGUCCUGCUGACCGAUGGUGAAAUGUGGGUGGAGCAGCGUCGCUUCAUCUUGCGGCAUCUCAAGAAUUUUGGAUUCGCACGCAGCGGCAUGAUGGCCAUUGUCCACAAUGAGGCCAGUUGUCUGCUGCAGAAUUUGCGCUCGUGUGUAAAGGCAUCGGGCGGCAAGCAGGCGCGGAUCGAGAUGCAUGAUCUGACCAGUGUGUAUGUGCUGAAUACUCUGUGGUGCAUGCUCAGCGGACGACGCUAUGAGCCAGGCUCACCGGAAAUAACCGAAUUGCUGGAAACGUUCUUCGAGCUGUUCAAGAAUAUUGACAUGAUGGGUGCCCUGUUCAGUCAUUUUCCACUAUUGCGCUUCAUUGCGCCCGACUAUUCCGGGUACAAUGGCUUUGUGGACAGCCAUCGAGCUUUGUAUGAAUUUAUGGGCAAGGAGAUUGAGCUGCAUCGCUGCACGUAUCGCAAUUAUGAUGAGCCACGCGAUUUAAUGGAUAGCUAUUUGCGUGCCCAGGAGAGCAGCGACAGUUCCAUGUUCAGUGAUGCUAGCCUUUUGGCCAUAUGCCUGGACAUGUUCCUCGCUGGCUCGGAGACGACGAACAAGAGUCUGGGCUUCUGUUUCAUGCAUCUGGUUAGGCAGCCAGAGAUGCAGGAGCGUGCCUAUGCUGAAAUCAAGGAGGCGGUCGGAUUGGAGCGCAUACCCGAAUGGUCGGAUCGGGCCAAGAUGCCCUACUGCGAGGCCAUCACCUUGGAGGCGGUGCGCAUGUUUAUGAUGCACACCUGCGGUAUUCCACAUCGUGCCGUUUGCGAUACACGUCUAUCUGGCUAUGAGAUACCCAAGGACACAAUGGUGAUUGCCUGCUUCCGUGGCAUGCUCAUCAACGCCGUCGACUUUCCGGACCCAGAAAUAUUUGAUCCGACACGCUAUCUGAUCGACGGGCAAAUCAAAUUGCCAGAGUCGUUCAAUCCGUUUGGCUUUGGGCGGCAUCGUUGCAUGGGCGAUUUGCUGGCACGUCAGAAUCUGUUUAUGUUGACCACAACGCUGCUGCAGCACUUCAGGCUGGUGGCCAUUCCUGGCCAGAUGCCCGAGGAGGUACCACUCGAGGGUGCUACGGCGGCGGUGAAGCCAUACGAUGCCAUGCUAGUGGCAAGAUUGUCCUAA